AUGCGAUCGUAUUCAUCUAAAAUUGAGGAGAUUCGACAACGAGAAUAUGGGUACCUUAAUGGCGUCACAUACCUCGACCAUGCGGGCUGUACACUGUACCCGACCACCCUAAUGCACAAAUUCGCUCAAGACCUAAGCUCAAAUCUCUUUGGCAAUCCUCAUUCUGCCUCACCUUCAUCCAUGCUUUCAUCGGAUAGAGUCGAAACUGUUCGCUCUCGUGUCCUCAAGUUUUUCAACGCUUCACCAGAGCAUUUCGACCUCGUCUUCGUCGCAAAUGCGACCGCGGGCAUUAAGAUGGUUAUGGACGCAUUUAGAGAUAUAGAGGAUGGUUAUUGGUAUGGGUACCAUCGAGACUCUCAUACUAGUCUUGUUGGAGUUAGAGAGCAUUCGAAGGCAUCCCGCUGUUUUGCAACUGAUGAUCAAGUCGAGGAUUGGAUUGCAUCAACCUCGACAGCAGAAGAAGACUCGACCAUGAAGUUAUUUGCCUACCCUGCCCAGAGUAAUAUGAACGGUCGCCGGUCGCCCCUCAAGUGGUGUGGUCAAGUCCGAAAAAAUAAGCCGAAUACAUACACACUCCUCGAUGCUGCCGCUUAUUUGACCACCGGAUCCCUGGACUUGUCAAAUUUCCAAGACGCACCCGACUUUACCUGCAUGAGCUUCUACAAAAUCUUCGGCUUCCCGGACUUAGGCGCCUUAAUUGUUAGGAAGUCUUCCGCGGACAUCCUUACGAAGCGAAAGUAUUUUGGUGGCGGUACCGUAAAAAUGGUCCUGUCAAUCGAUACAGCUUGGCACUCAAAGAGACAAGAGGUGCACGAAUCCUUGGAAGACGGCACCCUUCCAUUCCAUAAUAUUGUAGCCCUGGGCCAUGCCAUUGAUGUCUACGCAGAACUUUAUGGGACCCCGAAACAAGUUUCAGCACAUGCAUCCGGCCUUGCCAAGGUUGCAUAUGAAAGGCUACUAAAUCUACGAUAUUCCAAUGGGGCACCAGUUUGUGAAAUUUACAAGGAUGAGAGAGCCUCAUACAACGAUUCGACAACACAAGGACCUACGGUGGCAUUUAACAUCCGUCAACCAGAUGGCUCAUGGGUUGGAAAAUCAAAGGUUGAGGAGGCUGCAAUUAAAAACAACAUUCACAUUCGAUCUGGCGGUGUAUGCAAUCCUGGUGGAGUUGCGAGUUUUCUGCAGUGGGAUUCUGUGGGAAUGAAAAAGAACUUUGAUGCUGGAAUGACUUGCGGUGACAAAAAUGAUCUCAUGGGCCCAGGGGGCAAGCCAACAGGUAUCGUUAGAAUCAGUCUCGGAGCCAUGAGCAGUAUGGGAGAUGUUGAAAAAUUCGUACAUUUCGUGGAACAGACCUAUGUGUAUGGCGGAGAAAUGAUCGGUAAUAUCCAGCCGAUAGCGAGGCUGAAGAGCGAGAUGCAGCCGCUGACAUCCGAUGUUCCUUCCCGGGUCGAAGAAAAGAGAAGAAUGCUGAAAAAUAUUUUCCGCAAUAUGACAGGUCGCAAUUAUGUUUCAACCUGA